AUUUCUCUGCUUCUGCAGUUUUCAGGAAGUUCACUUUCUCAGUUUCGGAGACGUAGAGAUGAGAGCUCCGCCAGGGGGUGGUGGCGGUCGUGGGUUCAGAGCGGGCAGGGAUGAUGGAGGCAGAGGGAGAGGAAGAGGCGGUUGGAGCGCCAUGAAAUCCCGAGGAGGUGGGCGUAGUGGUGGUCGCGGUGAAGGAAGAAGCGGCCGUGGAGGUAAACGAGGAAUGAAAGGUGGGAGCAAGGUUGUUGUUGAGCCACACAGACACGAGGGAGUGUUUGUUGCUAAGGGAAAAGAGGAUGCUCGUGUUACUAAGAAUUUGGUUCCUGGUGAGGCUGUCUACAAUGAGAAGAGGAUCUCUGUGCAGAAUGAAGAUGGAAGUAAAGUGGAGUACAGGGUAUGGAAUCCUUUCCGUUCAAAGUUGGCAGCUGCAAUUCUUGGUGGUGUUGACAAUAUAUGGAUUAAACCUGGUGCUAAAGUUCUAUACCUUGGAGCUGCCUCUGGGACCACAGUCUCUCAUGUGUCUGACGUUGUUGGCCCUGUAAUGGAGUUUUCACAUAGAAGUGGAAGAGACUUGGUUAACAUGGCAAAGAAGAGAACAAUGUUAUACCCAUUAUUGAGGAUUCUAGGCAUCCAGCCAAGUAUUGAAUGCUAGUUGGCAUGGUGGAUGUUCUAUUUUCUGAUGUUGCUCAACCUGAUCAGGUUUUCUUUUUGUGUAUUGUGUUGUUCUUUGCUUUUUUAUUUAAUGUUUAACUAACAAUGAGUGGACCUACAGUAAUACACAAUCUUUUUACUUAUAUUUUGCUUCCUACUCAGUGGUUUAAUUUCUUCUUGAAUGUUUAUCCUUAUUUGACAGUUUUGUUCUUCUCGAAGCUGGUGGUAGAUGAGCAUUAUAUUUAAUGUUUUAUUUUCUCCAUCAAUGUUUUUGCAAAGAUUUAUCUUAUUGCAUAUGAUGAUUUCUUGCUCGGAUUCCCCUUCAAGACACAUAAUGGGUGAUGCAAACUUGAGCUUCUGAUGCAAUACUAAAUACUCCUGUCUACUUCUUUUAUUCUUGCUAGUAACAAAGGUUUAUCAACAUGAACUUUUUAUGAGAAAUUUGUCAUGGAUUUUUUUAUUAUGUUCUUAAUGAUACACAUUACCAUUUGUCAAGAGUUUAAUAUAUUCCUAAUAGUACUUACUGGAGAUUUUGGUUGCCAGAAUCUAGGUCUUCUUACUUUUCUCAUUUAAAUUCGACCUACGUUUUUCAUGGUCUUCUUAUAACUAGUUUACAAUUUAUAUCUGAUUGUUUCAUCUCCGAGUCUCUGAUGCUCUUUUGAAACUGUGUUUGUGAUUAUUGGUGAUGCUUUUGCGUUGCAAUCCACAAUCUAGCUUUUCCUUUUUAAGAAAAUAGAGUAAUAAUUUGAAAUCCUGGCCAUGAAUCUGUUGCAUCAGUUUUUUUACCCAUCUUCAUAAUGAUCUUUUAUGAAUGGAUGAUUUGUAAAUGUGCCUAACCAACCUCAUCUCUUUCCUUUCCUUCUAACUUUCAUGGUAGUUGGUGUUCACUUCAGAUCAAGCCUAUUGUCAUAGGUUUUGAUUGUUUGUUUACCUUUUUGCCCUAUCGAAUUUCAUUUUUUAUCCAGCUUUGUUCUGAGUCUUAGAUGAACUAAUGUUGGGGUCUUGUUUUCCAUCCUCUUCUGGUUUUCUUCUAACCUCUCUGAGAUAUGUUUUAUCAUGAAAUUAUUUUCAGGCUAGGAUUUUGGCCCUGAAUGCAUCCUACUUUUUGAAGUCUGGAGGCCAUUUUGUCAUUUCAAUUAAAGGCAAACUGCAUAGACUCCACCGUGCCAGCCGAGCAUGUGUUCCUGAGUGAAGUGAACAAGCUGAGACGAGCAGUUCAAACCAUUCGAAUAGGUCACCCUUGAGCCUUUCGAGUGAGACCAUGCUUGUGUUGUCGGUGGCUACCGACUGCCAAAGAAGCAGAGAGACGCUGCUGCUUGGUUAUAUUGUAGGCUCUCUAGAAGCCGGUUGCGAUAUUUAAGGUUAAGGAAUGUCAGAGACAGAGUUAGGCGAUUCAACUUUAAUUUCACAUUUUUCUUUAUAGAUCAGUCUAAAAUUUGCAACUGUUUAGUUAGGCCAUUCAACUUUAAUGUCACAUUUAGUUUUGAUCCUAUACUGACAUGGUAAUUGUAAGCAAUUAGGUAAAAGAAAGAAAUGGAAGGACAGACGGGGACACCUGGUGGGAAGAGAUUAUGGGAGUUAGCCUGGUUGUUCUAGGUAGGGGAUUAAUGGGGAAAGUCAUACUUAACGAUUAUGUCAACUGAUUGACAUUAUGGAUUUUGUUUACAAUCUUCAGUGUAUUUGAAAUGUUAUUAUUGCUACGUCUUGAGAUUUCUUUGUGGUGUUGUGCUUAUGUAAUGGGGUUGUAAUUUAGGAAUUGGCUUACCCCUUGACUAAGGUUCGUGCGUUAGUCCGACACUUAACUCCCCAGCUUUUUUCUACUUUUCGUAACAAGCUUCAUUUUAUAGCAAUGAUGUCAAGAUGGCCGAGUUGGUCUAAGGCGCCAGUUUCAGGUACUGGUCCGAAAGGGCAUGGGUUCGAAUCCCAUUCUUGACAAUUGCUUCAAAUUUUGUUUUAGUGUUUCAAAUAAGGGAUUGAGAAAAAU